AUGAGUUUUCGCGGUAGCUGCGAGGAAGAAGAAGAAGGGAGAUGGGAAGAUUGUGUGGAUGAGAUUUGAGCCGCCUCAGAUCGACGGUUGCUGUUCGAUUUUGACUUAGUCAACGGUCUUCCUCCCGACGUCCUUUACAGUUCUAUCUCUCUGCCCAUAGUUGUUUUUCUAUUGUUUUUUUUCUCUUGCUGUAAAGUUUUUUUAUUUUUUAUGUAUUUCUUCAAUGUUUAUUUAACUAUAAAUUAGGUGGGUUUUAAAAGCAUGUGUA